AUGGCACCGGGUAUAGCCACCCCAACGCCAGGCACAGCCGGCAAAUUCGGUCCACUCGACGACCCGAAGGUACUAAGAGCCGCCACUGGAAUAGUCAUCAAGGACCUCCGACCACACCAUGAAGUGACAUCCGAUUUCGACGAAUUGAAAUUCCACGCCGCAGCAUCCCGCCAAAUCAAAUGGCAGCAGCAGCAGAAACAGAACCAGAAUGAAGAGAUCUCUUCUUCUGAGAACUCGAUAUCAGAAACAGAAACAGAAACAGAUACCCGUCUCAUCUCCUCACCAUACAACGACACUCCACACCUCCUAGACCUGGAAACCCUCGACACGCAGAGCAGACUUCUGGCACUAGCCUUGGCCUCAUUUACAUCCAUUCGUCCGGACUAUGCGACAGCGCCCUAUAUCGACAAUUUCAAUUGGGACGAAGUGUUCAACCUGGUGAAAACAUUCGCCGAUGCCGAAGGCCACAGAUGGACGGCGCAGACUUUCUACGUCGUUGCUUUCCGAUCUAUACUUCUCCCCGGCGUUGAUAAUGACCAUCUCCAUGCCCUGGACGCAUAUUCGCAUCAGGAAGCUGUGGCGAGUGGUGGGUUAUUGAAAUAUUGGUUCGGGACAAAGAAUGAGGAGAGGAGGAAUCUUGCAACUUGCAUUUGGCGCAGUCGGGAAGAUGCCCGACUUGGUGGUCGGGGACCUUGGCAUGCGAAGGCCAGAAUGGCGGCGAGAGAACUUUAUGAGAAUAUCACGUUUACGACGAUGAAGUUAGUUAUUGAAGAUGAUGUGGCUUCUUGGUCUAUUGGGGAUUGGGAGGAGAAGGCAUGA